AUGACGGCCGUCGGAGCCUGUUUCUUCCCCGCCGCUACCUUCUCGCCGAGCUGCAACCGGAUCUCGAGUGUGACUCCGCUUCUCGCCGUAUCUGCAGACCAGAUUCCAGCAUCGACGGCAGUGCGCCAUGGCACGGUGAAGAAAGAGAAGAAAGUUAAGGAAGAGAAAGAAAAGCGACGUAUGAACAGUUGGAAUGAAUACUUUGAACAAUCGAAGGAAAUGAUCGGGCCUGACGGUGGACCGCCGCGGUGGUUUUCACCAUUGGAAUGUGGUUCGCGUCUGGACAAUUCUCCUCUUCUGCUAUUUUUGCCAGUGAUGUAUUCCUGCAUAAUUUACCGUUAUGUAUACUUCCCUCUUGCAGACCUUGUGAAAAUAGUUGAGAGAACAGUUAAGUCAGAAUAUCAACGCUCACCAAGCAGACCCAUAUAUCUUGUUGGAGAAUCUUUAGGAGCAUGCCUUGCGCUGGCUGUUGCAGCUCAUAACCCUGAUAUUGAUCUUGUACUAAUUUUGGCAAACCCAGCUACUUCGUUCAGCAGGUCAUACCUGCAACUUCUAACACCAUUAUUGGAAGCUUUGCCUGAUCCACUCUCUCCUGGUCUGCCUAACAUUCUCCGAUCAACGGCAGGUGAAUCUCUGAGGAUGGUGUUGGAUAAUGUGGUCCAAGGGCUUCCUCUACAAAGUACGGCUGGAGAGCUAGUGAAGGAUUUAACUACUUUCUCAUUAUCUUUACAUGUUCUUGCUGACAUAUUACCAAAAGAAACACUUGUAUGGAAACUACAGAUGCUUAAGUCAGCUUCUUCUUAUGCCCAAUCACGCCUUUAUGCUAUCAAAGCUCAGACUUUGAUUCUUUGCAGUGGAAAUGAUCAGUUACUACCUAGUCAGCAGGAAGGUGAACGAUUACUCAAUUUACUGUCGAAAUCUAAAUGCGAGCUUCGUAAAUUUGAUGACAGUGGCCAUUUCCUAUUCCUGGAAGGCAGCAUUGACCUGGUAACGAUAAUCAAGGGCACUUCAUACUACCGCCGGGGCAAGUAUCAUGACUAUGCAUCAGAUUUUAUACCGCCAACAACUGAUGAAGCCAGAAAAGUAAUAGAAUCCAACAGUUUGUUUAACCUUAUCGCAAGUGCUGUAAUGCUCUCAACCUUGGAGGAUGGGACGAUCGUAAAAGGUCUUGAUGGAAUUCCCUCAGAGGGGCCUGUUCUGUUUGUCGGGUACCACAUGCUGCUGGGAUUAGAAAAAAUUCCCCUGGUUUCUCGAAUUUAUUUGGAAAAAAAUAUACUUAUUCGUGGGAUAGCACAUCCCAUGAUGUUUAUGAGAUCUAAAACUGGAAAAAUGCCAGAUAUAUCUUCGUUUGACAAAUUCCGAAUUAUGGGUGCUGUCCCUGUAGCACCAGCUAACUUUUUUAAGCUUUUUUCUUCCAAGUCCCAUGUGCUAUUAUAUCCUGGAGGGAUGCGCGAGGCUCUACAUAGGAAGGGUGAAGAAUACAAGUUAUUCUGGCCUGAGCAAUCUGAGUUUGUUAGGAUGGCAGCAAGAUUUGGAGCCAAAAUUGUACCUUUUGGAGCAGUUGGAGAAGAUGACCUUGGUCAAGUAGUUUUUGAUUAUGAUGACUUGGUGCAGAUUCCGUACUUUAGGUCUGAAAUAGAAAGUCUCACAAGUGAGGCUACGCAGUUAAGGAGUGAUCUUGGUGGGGAGGUAGCAAAUCAACAAGUGCAUAUGCCCUUGAUUAUGCCUAAAGUUCCUGGGCGGUUCUACUACUAUUUUGGAAAACCAUUGGAAACGAAAGGGAGGAAACAAGAACUGAAAGAUAGGGAGAAAUCCCAUGAGUUUUAUUUACAAGUGAAAUCCGAGGUAGAGAGAUGUAUUGCUUAUUUAAAGGUGAAAAGAGAAAGCGACCCCUACAGAAGUAUAGGACCUAGGCUAUUAUACCAGGCGACUCAUGGUUUUGAGUCUGAAGUUCCAUCAUUUGAAAUUUGA